UGUUUUAAUAACAAUCUUUGUUUAUGUUUCGAGCCAGUGAUGUAAUUUGUUUAUUUUCCAUAUAUGUUCGUCUCGUAUGUCCGUGGUAAGAACGACUCUAUGGCUCCUUCAGUAAGGAUACACUUAAUGUUUUCUCAUACUGUUUCCGACGGGUCGAAAUUAUUCCCUGAAUGGUGCGGAAACGCGGACCCGUUGCAGUCCGUGGCAUUCUUGAUAACAAAGUAGGGCGACUGGCGAGUGUGGUACUGUUACUACGGUCCCGCUACUCCGCUACUCCCCGCUAGUCCGUCACUUCACUAGUCCGCAGUCCGCUAGUCGUCCGCUAGUUUCAGCGUCUCAGUGCAAGUGUAUCUGCCGAGUCGCGUACUUACCCGGCGUUUUGUGCUUGUCAUUUGUUUAGAUGGCAGGAAGUAAAUGGUCUUCAUGUUUAGUCUCCAUAUCAUCUCUUUUAAUAUUGCUAACGGAUUUAAAUUUAGUGUCUGGAAGAAGAAGAGUUAUCAAGGCACAAAACAACAUAAUUGAUGUCAAAACUGAAUGUUCCAUCUCCAGUAUGAAUGUGACCUUAACUCUGGAGCAGGAGUUUUCCGGAGUAGUGUACGCCAAAGGGUUCCCUCUGGAGUGCCGGGCCCUGGGCUCCCGGGAGAACUCCGUCAGUCUCCACCUCACAACCUCCGGGUGUGGAGUUAGGAUCACUCCUCACAAGGAUGGAGGACUACUAUACAGUGUGAUGGUGGUGGUACAAAUGGCUAAGCAUUUACAACAGGUAUCUGAUCCUAUGAUUCCGGUAAGUUGCGUUCUGACUCAAGAUAAAAUGGUUCUUCAUUCGCAUGCACUGCAAGUCAACAAGGCUAAAACCAGGGUAGGCCGAAUGAUGCUUCCUCAAGAUGAACCCCAGCCACGGGCUUGGCUUGAGAUCCAGGGAUCGUCAGAUCAAAAUCAAAACACUGUUAGUGUGGGAGAACAGACCACAAUCCUCGUCAAAACAUGGCUUCCAGAGAACAUCAGCUGUCAAGUAGUGGACUGUUUGGCUCACGAUGGACUGGGAGAGACAUCUCAGGUCCUGAUAGACUCUACAGGUUGUCCCGUGGAUGAGAUGAUAGUUCCUAGACUCACAGCAGAGCCACAACUCUCCGAGGAGUCUGAGGGGUUCCAAUUCACAACCCUUUCUACGUCCUUCCCAGCCUUCAAGUUCCCUGACAGAGAAUCUGUGCAUAUUCGCUGUGGCCUUCAACUUUGUCUUCAUAAAUGCCACGAGGCUGACUGUUCCCCAGACUCAAGAUCAAGACAUAGACAUGAAAGGAAAUUAAAGGGCGAAGAAGGUGAAGUAUUGGACUACAUCCAGCUGUUCAAUAGUGUGGAGGUAUUGGCUCCUGGCAUAGAGAUGGACGAGUACAACAGAUUCCACCCACAAGACAGUGGAAGUGGACCCUUCCCCCCAGAUCUGCUAGGGAUGGAGUUUGGAGACGCUCCCUUCUGUUUGUCGGCAUCUCGCAUGGCUGUGGCGUUUGCUGCCCUAGGGAUGGUAUUUCUUGCCGCAGUCGCUGUAUCGUUGUACGUCUUAUUGCGCAACCGGCUGGUGAAGCAGGUGUACAACCAGAACGACAACUCCAGACUGAUGAGUCGAGACAGUUUGUCGCUGAUCCUCGGCCAGAACAGUCGAAGCAGUUUAUCUGCGUGGUCCUAUGGCAGGAUUUGAUCGGUAAUAGCUUGCUUUGGUUUCAUUACAAGAACCCAGUGUUGUAGGGGCACAGAAACAGAUGGUUCUGAUAAAGUGUGUUUCCACACACAAUAAUGCCAUAUAAACUCUAAAAGCGUUGCUAUUGCUAUUGGAAAUUGUUCAACUUCACUACAAAAAAAUCCUUAGAAGAAAAUUAUUUAACUUGAAGAAGAACAGUUUCCACUAAGGUACUGGUACCCUAAUCCAAGAGAGCUAUUUUUUGCAAUGUGUACUAGUAAUUCAGUGUUCACUACAAAGUAGAAGGAAUACUGUAUUUUUGUUGAAACUAGUAUUUCAAGAACAUUUUUUGGAGCUAAUUUAAAAAGGAAUUGUUAACAUGUUGUGGAUGCAAGUUUUUUUCCGUUAGAGUCUUUUAGAUGGAACUUUUAAAUAAUUGCAGAGGUUUUUACUUGUUUGUGCCAUUUUGUAUGAACCAUCAAAAUGAUUGGUAAAUCGUUCUCUUUACCUACUUAAUAAUUAAUUCCUACAAUGAUGACUUGACAUCUUCAAUGAGAGUCAGAGACGUUUUACUGUAUUUGUUAUUUUUAGUUUUAUCUAAAGCUAUAGGAAUAUAAUUUUGAUUGUGAUUAUUCCAAUUAAAUUAGUACACGUUUAGUACUUUUGCAUUAGACUUUUUGGUAAAAGCAUAGCCAAGAUCGAGCUAAGAUAGCUUCUUCAAAAUUGUUCAACAGUAUAUCCUUUAUGUACCAUUAGCACAAAAUAUUUCAGUAACUAAGUACAGUAAACAUUAUUCAUCCAUUUUGUUUGACUAAACACCUUAAUUUAUAGAUAUUUAUUUUUCAGAUUCUCUUUUCUAGAGUAUUUUCAAUGGAGCUGUGAUAAAAUGUGAGCCCUUUAGUAAGUGGAAAAUAAAUUUUAGCUUCUUUUAACAAUCACGCGUAUGACACAAAUUUAGGUUUCAGAAGUUAAUUGAGCAAGAUUAUGUAUUAACCAACCAUCUAACUAGCAUAUAUUGUUUAAAACUACCUAAACCUACAUAUUAUAACCUAUGUAAAAUUAAUUCAUCCUAGG